UUUUUUUGGAACUUCUCCUCUCCUCUCCUCUUUCUCUCAGGCAACCAAUGUCUGCAUCCGUUUCCGCCUCCGCCUCGUCGAACCUCCCGUCAGACGCUCGUUCGGGGCCCCUCCGUCGGUUGAGCCAACUGCGCGCUUAUACCCAAAAUCAUUUCUCCUCCCAAUCCUCCUCGUCAUCAUCCACCCCUAACAAUAACAACACGAAUAAUCAACAACGGAUCGCUCGUCGACAUACCUUCAGUAGUCGAGUGUCUUGGUUUUCUCCCGCGUCAUCUGCCUCCACUGGAGCCGAGUCUACUCAUCCACCUGUGGGGACCAACAACUCCGCUCCAUGUCCCGAGUCUGAACCGUCAUCCUCAACUCUCGCCCGCUACAGUUCUGCUUUAUUUCCAGGCUACCGCGGGUUCGAUCCUGACCUGCGUUCUCCGACUCACUCCUCCGAGUCGUCCACCUCUCCCCCCUCGUCGCACGAGCCUCGUCGAGCGCAGACCCAAGGCAGGAUGGCGCGGUUGAGAGGUUUAUCUCUAACCCCCGAUACAAGGCCUGACGUCGAAGCCACACCUACAUCCGCACCGACAAGCCUGCAGAAUGAAUUGUUAGACUGUCCCGAUCCGGUCACCAAUGAAAAUCCUUCAACGUCCCCGCGGCCGAAGCAGAAGGCCACGAUUCGUUUUUUCCCCCACCAGGAUUCACACGGGAAUUCGAGACCCUCGUUGCCCUUCAUCCCCAUUUCUCGAACGCUACCAUCAGAGAGUAGUAUCAUUCGGGUCGGUCGCUACUCCGAACGGGACGGUCUCCCCGUCGCAAACCCAACAGAGCCCUCCGAUGCCCCGGUGGGUUUCAAGUCCAAGGUCGUGAGUCGGAAACAUUGUGAAUUCCUGUAUAUGAACGGGCAGUGGCACAUCAAGGAUGUUGGGAGCUCGUCGGGGACGUUUCUGAACCAUAUGCGGCUUAGUCAGCCCAAUAUGGCGUCUCGACUUUACACGGUGAAGGAUGGCGAUAUCGUGCAGUUGGGGAUUGAUUUCAGAGGUGGAGAGGAGAUGAUCUUCCGAUGCGUUCGGAUACGGAUCGAAUGUAACCGAUCCUGGCAGCAGCAGCCCAACGAGUUCAAUAAAAACACCGAGAGUCUUAUUAAAAACUUAGGGAAAGGCGAUACGGCUGAUUAUUCUGGUUGUCGUGAAUGUUCGAUCUGCCUGGGUUCUGUUCUGAGACCUUACCAGUGCCUCUUCAUGGCAGCGUGUGCCCACGUGUGGCAUUAUAAAUGCGUUAGCCGCCUCAUUCAUACACCGGACUACCCUAUGUUUCAGUGCCCGAAUUGUCGCGCAUAUACAGAUCUCAGUGCUGAGGUCGACGAUUCAAAUGAUUACGAGGACGCGGAGCAGAAGGCCAUCCCCUCGGAGGAACAGCGAGAUUCUUCCCAGGAUCGUCGAUCGAACACCCGCACACCGCAACUAGAGAAUGACCAAGCCCCUUUGGCCUCGAUCUCACAAGACUCAGUGGAUUCCCAGCCGGGUCCUUUACCCGUUGAAACAGGACUCGCUGGGAACAUCGAAAAUAUGCGCCUAAACACGAACAAUAUCUCCGGCGAAACUGAUGACGAGACAUCCCGUGCGGUCGAUCCCUCCCCAGCCGUCACAGCACGCAACGUGUUACCUGUUCCCACCGCUAGUGCUCUCCAAUGCCGACAGGCGCAGUUGCGUGCAGAUACACCUGUUCGCUCUGAAUCCGCUGAAGAUAAUCCUCUGACACCGCGAAACGACUCUGGCCCUCUGGUAUUUGACGCCCGGGCUAGUAUGUCGUGAACCUGGGUGUGUCUGGUCUAUGAGCGUCAAUGUAGGGGCAUAACACAUGCAAGCCGAAUUACUCACCUGAAUCUUUCUGAGCCGCGCGUCGCACGCAUAAACGGCGUC